GAAGAAAGAUGAGAAGUGAGUGGAGAAAACGGAGCGUUUGAGUCUCUCAUGCUGUCACAUCUGAAGCAAAGUGUAUCCAUCCGGGGUCCAGAAAACAGACAGAUGAGUUUUUCCAGCCAGCCAGCAGACACAUGUGGAAGCUGCUGCUGCCCUCCCUGCAGAGAGCUGGGUAGACGAUCCUGGAGCCAGACGGCAGCAGCAUGCCCCCUAACCGGCUCUGAGCUGUCCACCUUCGCCCAUCCCUCUACAAUCCUGUCGCUCCACUUUGUGAAGAUGUAGUCUGUUGGAUCUCCAUGGAGAUGUCUCCAAACACCGUCUCCUCUGUCUUGUUCCCAUGGUCACUUUGGCUGCUGUUCUUCCUGACCCCCGUCACCCGGACAACCAGCUCCGCCCCCUCCUCUGAAGCUCCUCCGCCGGCCAAUACCACGCUGCUGUUUGACAGUGGCACCAGCCUGCGGAACUGCAGCUGCUCCGCGGCGCUGCGGGACUGUGACGAGGCUCUGGCCAACUCGCUGUGCAGGUGCCACACGGCCCCCCGCUCCGCCCUCCCCCCCGCAGGCCUCACAGAGCCCGGGACCCUCACCGUGUGGGUGAAGGAACUCUGGGUCCUGGAGGAGCUUCUGAACAACAGCAGGGUCGGCCAUUUGCGGUUGUCUUUUUGUGGAAUAAAACCAAUGGACAGUCAGUACCUGGCUCUGCUGGGUCUGCGGACCCUCAGGAUCCACAGUGCAGUCCCAGAGGCCCCCUACCCCCACCAGGAGAUGACCAUCUCCCCAGCAGCGGGGCUUGCGAUGGAGAUAGAAACCCUCUCCUUUGACAUCUCCUCCUCCCUCCGCGUGACCUUUCUGGAUAUAGCAGUUCUCAACGGGCUCUCUGCCCUGAAGGCGUACAGUGUUUUGGGACCACCUGCUCACACCCUCCCCCAGCACUUCCCCCACUUGGCCUUACCCCUUGCUCUGCCAUCCACUGAUACUCCUGGUGACCCUACAGACCCCAGUGAGCAGGCCUCAGAGCCUCCACUGCUUUUUACGUUUGUCUACUAACAACAAGCUCCUAUCA